AUGGAAUUUCUUCGCCCGCUGAACAAAUAUCGAUUCUUUCGUUACACUCCGAACGAUCCGCUAGCAGCGUGCCUUUAUCUCACAAGAAAAAUCGAUAGAUUCAACCGGAUCAUGGGUGUUUCGUUCUUCGAUCCGAAUCAUAAUUUCAUCAAUUUCUCGUUUAUUAUACGUCUGUGCUUCUUGAGCAUGUACAUAGUCAGUAUCUUUCUUUCAACGUAUUUGUUUCGGCAUGAGAUGACUAAGCUGAUUUACUGUCUGGCUACUUUUGGCUUCGGAUGUCAAGGGGUAAUGAAAAUCUACAGUUACAUCAUAACUCGUCGGCGUGUCAUUGAUCUGUAUACGAUCAAUUUUAAAUAUAACGAACGCAUGAUGAAUCAGAGUGAUCGUGUUAAGCGCGUACUGUGCGAAAAUGCUACUAUCACUCAUAUUCUUAUCAAAGGGACCAUGCUUGUCUAUAUCAUUCUGGUAUGCGUAACGGUUAGCAUUCCAGGACUCUCAUCAAUAUUCUUGUCGAGUCGUAUUUUGCCCUUCGGCUUUAUACUUCCCGUUCUGGAUCCGGAAUCUUGGAUGGGCUACAUCUGGAACUACGCGUUCCAAGUGAUCAUGUCGUACUUUUACUUAGUACUCACGCUCGGAGGAGACAUAACAACCAUCUUCAAUCUACUGACCGCCUACGGUCAGCUGGAUGCAGUGAUGAUGCUUAUUGAGGAGUGUAAUGAACAGCUCGCCCGAAAUGAGCCGUCUGAGGCUAUCCAGAAAAAAAUAGUCGAAAUUGUUCAACUGCACCAGUAUCAUCGAUCGUACUUACAGAAGUUGGUGGACUUUUUGAAUCCAUAUCACUUCGUAACUGUUGGAUCGACCGUGCCCGCAAUGGUUAUCUCGGUUUUGGGUGUAAUGCUGCUCAAAUGGUACCCCGGCGCUGUUAUCAUGUUUCUUGGGUCUAUUCAAAUAUUCUACAUCUGCUUCCUGGGAACCGGUCUAGAACUAAAGACCGACGCUCUUACCGACAUGGUUGGAGCUAUCCGUUGGGACAAGCUGUCCGUGCGCGAUAUGAAGCAUAUGCAACUGGUACUGGCGCUAACUCAACAGCCGAAGGUUUUACUCGUGGCAACAACGCCACUCAAUGUAACUGCUUUUUUACAGAUCCACAAGUUUAUUUACUCCCUGAUAAUGAUGGUGGAAAAUACUAAAGAAUAA